CCAGCUCGGCGGGCAGCGGCCGGAGCAGGCGGGAGCCGCGCCCCGGGGCCCACGCCGCGCCCGGCUCCCCCAGCGCCCCCACCCCGGGGCCCGGCGGCAGGGCAUCUCCUUCAGGAAGGCGAAACUCAGUGUGCCUGGCCAUUCUUGGGCACUGAAGGUAACGUGGCACUGUUUGUGGGCCAUCUACUUUGCAGUGAUCGGACUCUUCAGCUGCUGUUCUCAAAUCCUUUUGCUGAGGAUGGACGAGAGACCAACCUGAAAAACAGUUCUUUUGCGGACUUCUUCAUUGCCUGCUAGAAUGUUUCUUAUGAAUGCCUCUCCUUUGAUAGCUCUGCAGACAAAAUGGGAGUCCUUUGGACAAUCAAGGAGCUGUAGAUACCCUGUUUGCUUCUCUGAAUCUGAAGAGGAUGUUACUAGAGCAUCUGUAAGUGCAAAAGUUCAGAUGAUCAUAAACAACCUGCAAAGUCAAGAGUCUUCCCUGGGUAUGAACAAUGAUUAUGACUGUAUUACACAGAAAAAACGAAAGGGAGAAAAAAGGGGUAACAGACUUACAUCUACACAACAGCACACUAAAUAUUUCAAGCGAGGUUGCCCUGCUGAUUCUGAUGGCACAGAAGUGGAAGACAGUUCGGAGUUUGGGACCCUCCUGUUGGAGUCGGAUAGUGACGAUUCUGUUGAUCGAGACAUAGAGGAAGCCAUUCAAGAGUACUUGAAAAAGAAAAGCAAGAAUAUCCAGCCGUUGCCAAGCAAUGCAGAGUGUUCAGAUAGAACAGAUGGAGACAAGAGGGUCAAAAGGGAACUCUCACAGAACAAGGUGACUAGAAAUCUACUCCCUAUGAAAUUUAAAGCUGAAAUGGUUACUGAAGGCUUCAUUUCUGACCACGUGGGAAUUUGUGAAAAGCUACGGGCUGCUUCACCUCUGAGCAUCAGUAGUGAUGACUCUUUUGAACAGAGCAUACAUGCUGAAAUUGUACAGUUCUUGAAUGAAAAGAAACAGCAAGAAACUAAUAAGUGUGUAAUUGUGGAGGAUAAAAACCUAGAACAGAGAGAAACUCAAGUGAAAUCUAUGUUUAAAUGUAACAAAGAAUCAGCUAACAAAGCAAAUCGCAGUACUUUAAAGCAAGGAUGCAAAGCACUCCUCUUAAGGCACCAGCCCAAACUAAGGAAGACCAAUGUACAAUCUAAAUGUUUGAAGUCUAAAAUCAGUGAAGAGCCUAGUGACUUCAGUAGAGGAAACCAGGCACAUUUUAAAAUGACUGCUACUAGCCAACCCUGGGUUGUUGAGCAAAAUAAAGAAGGUGAAAGCAAGAGAAAUUUCUGCAAAACCGAAGGGGAACAAAUAAUUGAAAGCACACACUUAUCUGAUUCAAGUAGCGAUGAUGGUAUCGAAGAAGCCAUUCAGCUUUAUCAGCUGGAGAAAAUCAAGAAAGAGGCAAACCCUACAACAGACUUGCAAAAAGGUGUGGCAGACAUUUCGGCAAGCCUAACAAUUAGCUCAACAAAAUGUGCAUCGGCAGAAGACCAUAAAAAAUCCUUAAGCAGCAAAAGGAGAGAGAUGAGUACAAAAUCUACACAAUUUAAAGGCACUGGCAAUGAAUUUAACAAACUGUUUAAGCCGUUGAAAAAAGCCAGAAGUUGUGCAUCUCCAGUAAACAAAAUUGCCAAAUGCGAGCUCACGUUGCAGGCUUCUUGCAGGGCAGACACAUCUGCAGAACUGAUGUGUGCGGAAGCCAUCCUUGACAUUUCCAAAACAAUCAUGCCACCCCAAAUGGGAAGUGAGGACAAAUCAUUUGCAGCAAACCCUUUCUUCUAUCCCCAAAGCAUGCCUUCCUCCCACUGUGAAAGUGACAGCAGCCCUGUGGAUAGCGAUGAUAGCAUAGAGCAAGAAAUCAGGGCUUUUUUGGCUCUCAAGGCACAGUCAGAAAGGCUUGUAACAAAACCUGAUAAUUUGUCCCACUCUGUGCAGAGGCCUUUGUCUUCUGAGCGUAACAGUGUAACUGGUGGCGUUGAACCUUCCCUCCCCAAAACACUGAAUUUAUCGUUGAGUCGUAAAAGGAGACUUAAAGGAGAAAGCAAAGUAGCAAAACAGAGCAUAGACAAUAAAACAGAAGGGAUGGAGAUGGGGUGUACCCAUGCGGGUUAUGGUAAUAGCGCCAAAAUGCCAGUUUUGCAAGAUGGGAGUGGCCUGAGCUGUCAUAGAAAAGCUUGUGAAGCUGGAAGGUCUGGUAACAAAGAAACAAGUCAGCAGCAGAUCUCUACAGAAUUUACUGGGCUUGUUGACAAGCACGUAGCUUUAGACUUCGCAAACAGCUUGAUGCAGGUUCAGAGUAACACAAGAGAACUGAUAAAAAAUACAGUCCAGGCUCAAGAGAGAGAUGGUACAGAUGACAAGAGCAGUUCUCUGGACAGCGAUGAAGAUCUUGAUAGCGCUAUCAAAGACCUCUUAAGGUCCAAGAGGAAACUAAAGAAAAAGUCCAAAGACCAAAAAAUCCAGUGCAAGAAGAAAGUCAGAUUUGGUGACACUGAAACCCAGCUUUUGGAUGAACUCAGUAGCCUCCAGCAAAAGGACUGGAAAUGCAAAAGUUCUAUUCUGCUAAAAAGCUGCCUCUCAAAAUCACGUAAAGAUACUAAGGAAAAUACAGUUAGAAGCCCCCAGAACAAUGUAAAUGGCAGGCUCUCAAAGGGAAGAACAGAAAGCAUAAAGGACUUACCAUUUGCGUUGCAGUUUAAAAAAGAAUGUAAACCUAAACCAGUUUGCAACGAGAAUAACCUGGAGGCAGCGAAAAAUAAAAGAUGUUCUUUGACUGCUACUUCAGCAACAGAUGACAGCAGCUCUGUGGAUAGCGACGACAGCAUCGAACAAGAAAUUAGGAAAUUUUUGGCAGAAAAGGCUAAAGACUCUGCAAGCAGUAUGGAAAUACGGAGGGAUAACUUAACUGCUGACUCAUUGAGAGUUACCAAACCACGUGCAAAUAAAGGAAAAGCAAAGCAUCAUCUAAUCGAAAAUGAGACUAACAUGUUAUCAGGUCAGAGUAAACAAACUAAAAAGGGAUCUCAUCAAACAGAUGAAUUGAAAAGCUCUCGGAGAACUGUAGGAGAAAGUGCAAUAAUGCAUGAUGGUGGGAAAAGUGCAUCCUACGCAGAGAACGUGUACCUCCAUACUACUCUAGAGUUGAAGGCUGAGCAAGGGACAGUAUGGACUAAAGGUUUAGCUGCUGGUGCUUUGUCUGUAAAAGGAAAUUCAUUAAGUAAAAAGAGUACUAUCGAGCCUAAGCAGAAAAGCCUUUCAUCUACACACAGCAAAGGUGAUGGGUGUACAUUGCAAAAAUACUUUAAUGCUAAGUCUAAUUCCAAAAGAAAUAGCACCUUUCAGUUAAAAAUUUCAAGCAAAUUUAUAGCUGGUCUAAAGUAUGCUCGCGAUAGAAAGAAAUCUGUGCUUUUAAACAAAAGGCAAAAUGUAGAACUUUCACUUCCCCAUAGCAGCACAUUAAGGACUGAGGUAGCUCUCCCGAAUGUUUGUGCACUUGAACAGAAAAGUGGAGCCUUGGUGCAAAAUGGGGACCUUGGUGGAGAGGGAAAGACAGGAAUAAAAGAAGCAAAUUUUACUCAGAGCCUCAUAAUAGAGGAGACAAGUCUCCGUAUAGCAGAAACCUGUGAAAAACUGGAGGCUGCUCCUUUGCAUGGUAAGACUGAAGCAGAUGAUUACAGAAAGGAUAACACUUUGGGAGACAAACAGAUGUCUUGCAGCUCAGAUUCCAAUCCAGAUCCCCAAUUGCAGGAACCCAUCAUGGCAGCAGUAAAUGGUGACAGAGUUAGCGUAGGAACAUUUAUUUUUGAGAGCCAAAACAUGUACACUAAGGAAGAGGAAGGAGAGAGCCAGCAAGACAACAGCAGGCAGGAAGAAAUUAAUGUACCCAACUCUAGUUUGGAAGGGAAAAUGUUAGCCCAGCAAAGUAGGGAAGCUGAUUGUAAAGAGGACCAUGUUCAGGAAACUUUAGACAGAAGUUCAGCAGAAUUUAGUGACCUAGCUGUAGAGGAAUGCACAAGUUCCCUGGUGAAAAGCGAGGUGUCAGAUUUGUAAGUACUUUUUUUAUAACAAUAUUCAGUCUUUAGAAAAUAAUUAUCAUUGUAAAUAUCUCAAUAAAACGUGAGAGUAAACGGAAAAAGAUGGAAGAUACUGAUAUAUAUCAUGUGUACACUAAUGUGAAAAAUCCUAUUUAACAGGUGUAUCAUGGAUAAAUGUUUAAUUUUUUUUGUAGAAUUUUGUAAAUUAUUUAAAGUGCUUUAAGAAAAUAUUUUUAUAAUGAUUUUUAGGGCAUGCAUUACUACAGGAUGCUGUAUUUAACAUGUAAUCGUCAUAGAUAAGAAGAUAGCAUGGCUAAUUAUGCUUUAAAUUACAUGGUGCAUCAAAACAUACAUAUAUUGAAAGUGAACCCAUUUGUGUCCACAAUGUAUUGGCCAGUUGCUAAGAGAUCUUAGAAAACAACAGCAGCUGAUUAGGAAUGUUACAGAUAUUGAAGCACAUUCUCUGACAUUUCAUGGAAUUGGAACUAUUUUAGAACAGCCUCAUGUAGCCACUUGGGUCUCCAUCUUGAAAUUAGACCUGCUCUGCUGGACUACUGUAACUAACACAGGGCCACUGAAGUCAAUGGAGCUCCAUGCAGAUGCAGGGGUCUGUCCCUAUAGAUUCAAUUGCAAGUUCAGGAACAUGGUGUGGAGCAGUCUUUUAAGGGCUUCCUGCUUCAACUCUGGGACUGCUGAGUCCUUUUUAUCUGCCGAACAUUCAGAUAACCUCCUGUAAGCAGAUGCUUCAAAGCACAAUUGCAGUUCAGUAAAGUGAAGCGGCUUUUUGCUUCUAUAUGUUCAUUCAAACAACAUUAUUUCAGUGGAUUGCACUAGAUCUACAUGCUGCUGAAGUAUCCAAGGCCAAAAUAAUUCCAUAGGCAUUCUUUAAUCUCAUUUUGAUGCCCUACAAUUACAUGACGAGUUUUGGCCUUCAAAAUUAACUUUAUGUUGCAUUGGAGUGUCUUGUGUCUAGUUUUUAACAGUGGUUUUUAUAAAAUGCAUCUCUGCAAAAAUUUGAUCCCUUUCUACUGUUUUGUGCAAUAGAGCAAACUUAGGCUUGCUACAGUAAACACUUCCUUAAAAGCUUUGACUGGCAAAUAUUUCGUUUGAGUGAGAUCCUAGGGUAUUUUCAGUGUCCCUACUCCAUUCACCCCUCACACCCCCAUUCCAUCCAGAGUAAAAAUCAGGUUGUUUUUUUAAAUGGGACACUGAUGUUGGAAUAAGAGCAUCCCCACACAGAGACUUGCACUGAAAUAACUAAAAUAUGUGAAUUAAAACUGAUUUAAAGUUAUUUCAGUUUGAGUUUGUGUAUAGUGAAGCCCUUCAAGUCAGUCUGUAUCUUUUGUAUCAGUGGUGUGAUUUGGCAUUUCUGUAAUAAUCUGGUCUUUUUAAAUGGCUAACCUCUUCCAAAUCUCUAUCUACCACCCAUCUAUUUCUUAUUUCAACAGCCUGCCUGAGGCUGGCCUUAAUUUCCCAGAAUAGAGCAAAAGCCGUCAAGAAUGCAUCCAGUAUUGCAUUUCAUCCCCCUAUGUGCUCUGAUCUUGCAGAGAAUUGACAGGCUAUGGCAUAGAAUAGUGUAGUACUAGUAAUGUUGUUAUAAAAAAAGAAACAAUGACCUUUAUGUCUAGACAUCUUUUGUGUGCUUUAUACUGUUGUGCAGUUACACUUAAAAAUAUUUUAAUAGUGGUUGUCUGGCAUCUUAUUGCCUGGCCACGUUUGAUUUUUAGAUUAAAUAUUUACACCAGGUCACUGCAAAUUUUAAUUUAGUAAUAGUACACCUGGAAAAAAAGUUUUAUUCUAAGCCCCCAAACCUGCAAUCAGUUUGCACAGGCAUAAGGUUCUGCCUGCCUGAAUCUGAUUGCAGGAUUGGGGUCUUUAGUUUGAAAUUGGGAUGCAAGCUAGUAUUUUAAAAUAGCAGUUUUCCAAAUAUAUUGCUUUAAUAAGAUUAAGCUGUAAUUGUUUUUAAUGAUGGAAGCAUUAUAUACCCUGUCUGUAUAAACUAGGCUGAGUGUUUCCUCAAUUAAAAUUUCAGUAAACCACCAUUAAGAUUUAAAAAGUGUCUCAUGCCCCAAUUGAUGUGCAUGUGGUUGAAACGUUUCUUGAUGUACUAAUUCACUUUCAGUUAAGAUGCAGUUCCUUGUAACUUGUGCUUUAAACUAAUCUAAUUUUUAAAGAGCACUUUUUUAAAAAUUGAAAAACUUGAUUUGUAUAUAAGAAAUGGUGUGAAUUCAUAAGUUUAUAACAUUUAAUAAAUUGGGUUCUGAUCAUGAACCAUGAAACCA